AUGUCAGAUAGUGAACCUGAAACAAAAACUUUUAUCCUUCGUACUGCUGGCUUUGACGCUCGCUUUCCAAAUACCAAUCAAACCAAACAUUGUUGGCAAAAUUACGUAGAUUAUUUUAAAUGUAUUAAGGCACGUGGAGAAGAUUAUGCUCCUUGUAAACAAUUCUUUAGAGCUUAUCAUAGUUUAUGCCCUAAUGACUAUGUAAGUAUCUCAUUUAAAACUCAAGCGCUUUAUGCUGUUGUAUUUAUAACAAGAUAUCUUGAUUUAUUUUCAUCAUGGGUUUCAUUGUAUAAUGCAUUGAUGAAAAUAUUUUUCAUUGCGUCAUCAAUCUACAUUUUAUAUUUAAUGAAACUCAAAUUUCGAGCUACGUAUGAUCCAAUGUUGGAUACUUUUAGAGUAGAAUUUUUAUUAGGAGGAUGUUUAUUAUUGGCUCUUAUCUUUAAUUAUGAUUUCACAUUUAUGGAGAUUUUAUGGACUUUUUCGAUUUAUCUUGAAUCAGUUGCAAUUCUUCCACAAUUAUUCAUGUUGAGUCGUACAGGAGAAGCUGAAACAAUUACUACACAUUACUUAUUUGCAUUAGGAGGAUACAGAUCGUUGUAUUUAUUGAAUUGGUUAUGGAGAUUUGUAUUUGAAGGUCAUGUUGAUUGGAUCGCAUGGGUUGCCGGUGCUAUCCAAACUGCUUUAUAUAGCGACUUCUUUUAUAUUUAUUACACAAAUAAGGGACAUGAACCUCCACCGGGAUUUGAUGCAGCUAUUGCUGAAAUUGAGAAAAAUGAUAGUAAAAGUAAUGAACGAGAACAUGAUCCGGAUGAUGCCCCUACUGUAAUUGAUAGUCAAGCUCCUGCUGCUUCUGAAUCCGCUCAUACUACUUCAGAAAUUUUCGAUCCAAAACAAAAUAAAUUUGUCGAGGAAAAUUUUAGUAAAAAUGAUGAAAAUGUUGAUCCCAUUACGAAAUUACCAAGUACACAAUCCGGCGGAUAA